AUGAAACUAUCUUCUGCCCUCGGCCUCAUCAUCCUCGCUAUCGCCGGCGUCUCCGAGGGAUCUCAUAUGAAAGUCCCCGUACCCCUAGACACCAACCUCAUGGGCGCCGUCAUUAAUGCCGCUGGCCAGCCCGGCGCCGUCGCGAGUGAUCCCACACUUACUUGCAGCGUGGAUUAUGUAUUGGGAUGGAACUGCAGCGCGCCCACGGGUCCUUGCACCGUUUACCUCGAUUCCAUCGACGUCACGAACUGCACUAUUACCACUCCUUGA